UCUACAUUUUCCCCAAAAAUCAGAACAAACAGAAAAAAAAAAUCCACCCCCCCCCCCCCAGAUGGGAAAGCCAAGACUGUUCGAUCUCGAGAACCAUUUUGCGUAUUAUGGUGCAUAUCACAGCAACCCAAUUAACAUUCUGAUACACACUUUAUUUGUGUGGCCGAUAUUCUUCACAUCGCUUAUACUUUUCUACUUCACUCCAGCAUUCUAUGAUCUCUCUCAAGCUGGGAUUCUCCCUUCUGGGUUUAAUCAUGCUUUGGUUUUAAACUAUGGGUCUGCUUUUUCUUUCUUCCUUGGCUUGUUUUAUGUAGUUUUGGAUAAGAAAGCUGGAUCUUUGGCAGCUUUUCUUUGCUUAGCUUGCUGGCUUGGGGCUAGUUCUAUUGCUGCAAAGCUUGGAUAUUCUCUAGCUUGGAAGUUUAACUCCAUUCUGUCCGCUCAGGUUGUGAUGGUUGCUCAAGUGCUUUGCUGGUCUGGGCAGUUUCUUGGCCAUGGAGUGUUUGAGAAACGAGCACCCGCCCUGUUGGACAAUCUUGUUCAAGCUAUUCUAAUGGCUCCUUUCUUUGUUUUGCUCGAGCCUUUUCUUUAUUUGGUGCAGGUUCUCCAAUCAUUAUUCGGAUACGAACCGUAUCCUGGAUUUCAGGCUCGCGUGAACGCAAAGAUCAAAGCCGAAAUCAAGGAGUGGCAAGACAAGAAACAGAAAAAGGUUUCUUAGGCUAAUGCCAAGAAAAUUAGGUUAAAAUUGUUGUUAAGUUGCUGUCUGGUAUGAACAUUUAGGUUAAACUAGUGUAGUUGCGGUAUCAAUAUUGUAAGGCAACUUAUCAAACGUUAAAACUACUACAAAUGUAACAGUAUGGUAUGUUAUGUCACUGUGAAUUCAACAUUA